AUGUUGUACAGUUUGGGUGGUAGCGCCCUGGAGUGGGCUGCAGACAGUCCAAGGGUCGAGGCCUCAAGGCCAGAAGUCGACACCCCCGUCUCAAAGUCGACAGAAGUAGACGUCUCCAGCCCCAGCUCUGAAGUCGACGUCUGCAGCCCCAGCUCUGAGGUCGACGUGUCCAGCCCCAGCUCUGAGGUCGACGUCUCCCCAUCUCAAGUCUCGACGGCCACGUCUCAAGUCUCCACAACCAGUCCGAGAGGCUUUGUCCAGUCCGUCGCCCCCAGUCCAAGGGUCAACACCUCCAGUCCAAGGGUCGACGCCUCCAGGCCAAGGGUCAACACCUCCAGGCCAAGGGUCAACACCUCCAGGCCAAGGGUCGAUGCCUCCAGGCCAAGGUCGACUCCUCCAGCUCUAGCUAUGAAGUCAACGUCUCCAGCCCCAGCUCUGCAGUUGACGUCUCCAGCCCCAGCUCUGAAGUUGACGUCUCCAGCCCCAGCUCUGAAGUUGCCGUCUCCAGCCCCAGCUCUGAAGUCGACUCUCGACAGCCACGUCUCAAGUCUCGACUGCCACGUCACAAGUGUUCCAGUCUCCCGAGUUCCUGGCUCAAGUCUCCCAACAAAUGUUCCAGUCUCCCGAGUCCCAGGCUCAAGUCUUUCCACAAGUGUUCCAGUCUCCACAAGUGUUCCAGUCCCCAAAAGUGUUCCAGUCCCCCAAGUGUUCCUGUCUCCAGCGUCCCCACAAGUGUCUACGUCCCCAGUGUUCCAAUCUCAAGUGUUCCAGUCUCAAGUGUCCCAGUCUCAAGUGUUCCAGUCUCAAGAGUCCCCUGUGUUCCAGUCUCAAGUGUCCCAGUCUCAAGUGUUCCAGUCUCAAGAGUCCCCUGUGUUCCAGUCUCUCGAGUCCCCUGUGUUCGAGUCUCUCGAGUCCCAAGUGUUCCAGUCUCUCGAGUCCCAAGUGUUCCAGUCUCAGUCCCCGUCCCCAGAGUUCCAGUUUCAGUCCCCGUCUCCAGAGUUCCAGUCUCAGUCCCCGUCUCCAGAGUUCCUGUCUCAGUCCCUGUCUCCAGAGUUCCAGUCUCAGUCCCUGUCUCCAGAGACCCUUCCUCGUCCUCUGAAGUCCCUUCCUCGUCCUCCUCCUCCAAAGCCCCAGAUCCCCAGGGUUCCCCGUCGCCGGCCCCCAAGACUUCCCUGGUCCCUCCUCCUGGUUACCCGUCGCCGGUCCCCAAGACUUCCCUGGUCCCGCCUCCUGGUUCCCCGUCGCCGGCCCCCAAGACUUCCCUGGUCCCACCUCCUGUUCCCUCCUCACCCGCCCUUGUGGGUUGUUUUUUUGUUUGGUCCCUCCUCUCCCGCCCUGUGGUCUCUCGUAUCCUGUUUUUGUCUUGUCUUUUGCUUGUGGUGUGGUUUUGUCUGUCUUGUGGGCGUCUGGUAUUUGCCCUAAGGGUGGGGGUACUGUCAUGGUCUGUGUUUGCGUCUUUCCCCAUGUGUCUCCUGAUGUCCUCCAUCCCUCUUUAGAUUCCCCUUUUGUGUCUCUUAGCGCCCUCAUGUGUCCUUUGUCUGCGUCUUAUUUAUGUGCCUUCUGUUUGUAGCCUUUCAGGUCAUCCCCAGCCCCUCCAGUUGUAGCUCCAGUCUCUUUGUCCCCAGCUUGGUGUGUGUGUGUGUCAUUCCCCAGCUUAGUGUGUGUGUGUGUGUGUGUGUGUGUGUGUGUGUGUGUGUGUGUGUGUGUGUGUGUGUGUGUGUUCUUCUCCAGUCAGGUUUGGUGUCCUCUCCUGCUCCUCCUCCCUGAUUAGUUAUUGCCUUCACCUGGUUCUCUCCCCACACACCUGCAGCUCAUCUGCCUCCCAUUAUGCCCCAGUCUAUAAAGCCCCGUCUGUUUCUCAUUGUCUUGUCGGUUCAUUGUUGUAUGUCAGUGUUGUGUGAGCUUCCGGUCUCGUCCCCAGUCUGUGCUCUAUGUGAGCUUUGUUCUCCUGCUUCCUGGAUUUUUGGAUUUUGGCUCCCUGCCUUUUGGGUUUAUUGUGUUCUUCCUACAAUAAAAUGACUUUUUCUUUAUAUCAACUCCUGCCUCGUGUCAUCCGGGGUAACUGCAUUUUGGGUCCAAACCAUCCUCUCAACGUGACACCGUGUGUCUAAUGAUGACUUUAUUACCACAUUAAAAAGCUGUUUACCCCAAUUUUUAUGACUUCUAAAUAUGAUAAUAAAUUCAGAUACAGCGACAUUUCCACUGAGACAAAAGUCUAAACUGAAUUUGUUAAAAUCAUGUGACGCAGUUAAAUAGGAAUUCAUUUUGGACUCUGAGUACUCUAUUUGUCUUAUUACAAAAUAUUCUAAUAAAAGUACCAGCUAAUCUGUUUCUAAUGUGUAUGUAAGGGAACAUCUGUUUAGUGACCCAGAAAAACACAGUUCAAACUGUUUCAAAGGUCUCCUUUCAGGGCCUCGAAGUGGACUGAAUGUGUCCUGAAUGUAUCCUUGAGAUCCAGCAAAGGUUUCCACAUUUGACAAGGGAAAAAAAAGUUUCCAGGAUUUUAAAAUUAUUUUUAUGCUUUGCAUUCUCCCUCGCUGCCUUUGGUGGUUAAGUCUCUUUGCACAUUAGUGCCAACAGUCUCUCAGCAUGCCGGCCUGAAACCAACAGCAGGAUAUGACUUUGCAACUCAAGGCUUGUGUGCAAGAUAAAGACAAAUAAACCAAUGAAUUAAACAUUAUUCUAUAGCACUGCUAGUGGUUAGACACUUGGAAGUUCACCUUUAAAUUUAUGAAAAAGUUGCAAAACUCAUUCAGAGUUAUGAGAAAUAACCAGGAGACUGUUGCAUGUGUGUUAUGAAACCUGAUUUCAGAUUCAGUGGAGAAGUAAGUGCAAUCAUUAAGGCUGUAAAUAUAAUCAACAUUGAUUAGGUAUUUUAUCUCUGAUAUUAUUUUCAUUCAAUUUAAAGGGCAGUUUUCCUCUCUGCGGUUGCUUCAUGCUCUCUUAGUAUUGGAACCUGUUUUACAUUCAAUUCAAUUCCAAAAUACUUUAUUAAUCCCAGAGGGAAAUUGAUUUAGGGCCCUUUUAACUAAUUGGCAUAAUGAACUGAACUAAAUUAAUUGAUAAGUAGGUUUCACUGAAAUGUUUACUUAGUACAGUGCCUUGUGAUGACUCUUGGAAGGAAUUGGUGCGUGUAAGUAAUCUGAAUUAACAGGUAGAAGUAGAGCCUCGUCAGGCACAGCCCAGAAAGGAGACUUGGGUCCCCCUUUCCAUGAGCUGACCACUAGUGGGAGGGGCCAAAGAGGUUGGGUACAUUGUGUGUCCGGUAGUAGCCAAAGGCAGAGACCUUGGCAAUCUGAUCCCCCCUCCUAAUGCAAGCAGUUGUCAUGAGCCGGGGUGAGUACUCCUCAUUCUCUUAACAUCUCUGAGUCUCUUGCCAGGAGAGGGAGUGCCACCAGCUGUUCCUGAUCUGCAAUCAGCGGGGCGCUUCCUACAUAAGGUGGAUGGAGGACACAAUUCGACGCCGGAAGGCUGCCACAGCUUGGAUUCCAGUGUUUUCCCUCUGGUCGCUGAGCUUUUGGAUACUCACCUCAAGACUCCUGGGUUUGGAAACUCAGAUCCUCCAGGACCCACUCACCGUUUCUCCGAAACUACUCACCAGACAUUUCGGCUCAGUGUCUCCCAUCCACCAAAACGCCCUGCUCACCUCCACCUGUGCUCCCUCUC